AUGACUGAAGCCAUGGCAUCUUCAACAAACUUAGAUAUUGGGGCCCAGUUAAUUAUAGAAGAAUGUACCACUAGCUACAGCCUUCUGCCCAUGCCAGACAUUAAGGUGGAGCAUCAGCUUGACUCUAGCACAGAGGAAGGCCCAGCUCAGAGUGUCACCAUGGGAAUGAAAUUCAUUUUGCCCAAUAGAUUUGAUAUGAAUGUCUGCUCACGAUUUGUGAAAUCUUUAAAUGAGGAGGACAGUAAAAAUAUUCAAGACCAAGUUAACUCUGACCUUGAAGUGGCAUCUGUCUUAUUUAAAGCUGAAUGCAACAUCCAUACUUCUCCUUCCCCUGGUAUCCAAGACAGACAUGUUUAUACUCCAUCAGCUACUAAGCAUUUCUCACCAAUAAAACAGUCAACUACCCUAACUAAAAACGAAGUCUCUGCAACACCUCUGCUUGUAAACUCUUUAUCAGUUCAUCAGCUGGCUGCUCAGGGAGAAAUAUUAUAUCUGGCCACACGUAUUGAACAAGAAAAUGUAAUCAGUCAUAAGGAUGAAGAAGGAUUUACUCCUUUGAUGUGGGCUGCAGCUCAUGGGAUGAUAGCAAUAGUGGAAUUUCUCCUCCAGAAUGGUGCAGAUCCUCAGAUUUUGGGGAAAGGGCGUGAAAGUGCCCUCUCGCUGGCUUGCAGUAAAGGAUACACAGAUAUUGUCAAAAUGCUGCUCGACUGUGGAGCUGAUGUCAAUGAGUAUGACUGGAAUGGAGGCACACCUCUACUAUAUGCAGUGCAUGGGAACCAUGUGAAAUGUGUAAAAAUUCUUCUUGAAAGUGGUGCUGAUCCAACUAUUGAAACAGAUGCUGGCUAUAAUUCCAUGGAUUUGGCUGUAGCCUUGGGAUAUCGGAGUGUUCAACAAGUUAUUGAGUCUUAUUUUUUAAGGCUACUUCAAAAUAUCAAGGAAUAA